AUGGCCUCGGGCGGUGAUGAUGGAUACCUUUGGAUAACUGACCUGGAUACCGGCUCUCGCCAGAAAGUCAGCACUAAGCAAGAAUGCGUCGUUGAGGUGAAAUGGCUGCCGUAUGCACAGGCCAGUGGUGUUGUUGAGAUAAUAACGGCGGGUGCAGAUGGUACCUGCAAGCUCUGGAGGAAGGCAGGGAGGGAGAACAACUUCAAGCGAGUAGCCUCGGUCUCAGUGAUGUCGCAAAGCAUCGAGAGUAUCGCCUUCGAGAAUAACCGCCUGGGUGUAGUGGGACGAGGGGGUGUCUUCCUUUACCGAAUAGACCGCUCCACUUCCAGUGUUUUUGUAUCGAUUCCAGGAGACCUCGAAGAGACAGAGGGCGGAGAAGUCAACGAAGACGGGGUUCCACGAUGGAUAGGCUUCUCGAAAGGGGGGAAAGAGGUCAUGAUCGGAAUGCUGGACACCCGGGUUUUAAUGGCAUGGAAUGUCGAGUCUCAACGAAGGUUGUGGAGAGAAAGGCUGGAGAGUCGAAUCGGCAACUGCGCCUGGAAUGAGUCGACUGCAACCUUACUGGUAUGGACUUUGCAGGAUGGAGUCGACGUUUACAAGAUAAACGAUAGGCCGCAAUUUGUCUUCAAGCUCUCAUUGAAUAUCCAGAGAAACUUCCCAAUCCAAAUGGCCUUCAUCGACGAGAAACGAUUUGUCAGUGGUAGCGACAAUGGCGAGGCAUUGAUCUGGGACCUUGAGGGAGAAGAAGGUCAUUACCAAUUUGACCCCAUUGUCGUUUCAUCCGUCGGCGUUGGAACAAAGCGGGGCUCGGGCACCACUCACUUGUUCGUUGCGUGUGGAUCAUCCGAACCCUAUCGCUCCGGCACGGUCUACAUCUGGACAACGAACAAGAAUCAUAUGCUUGUUCCACAGGCGCCAACGGUAUUCGAAGAAACAUCCGAAAAGGUUAUUCGAUCGCUCGGUGUACCUCCUGGACUCGUCGAAGAGAUACCGCCAAUGCUCGUGAUCGGGGCUGCGGUUUCACUAGCAGUCGUUCUAGGUGGUAUCCUAGUUGUUGCAUGCCUUUGA